AUGGAGAAGCAUGAAGAGACAGCUGCGAGUGGGCAGGAGGCGACGCCCCUGGAAAAGGGCGAGCUUGUUCACAUCGAUGUGACUCGCGACAUCACCCGCGCCGAACACGAACUGGGCUUCUGGCAAGCUAUGAAACAGUAUCCCACCGCCACAUUCUGGGCCAUGUUCUUCAGCAUUGCAGUCAUCAUGUCAGGCUACGACGGCCAAAUCAUUUUCUCAUUCUAUGCCCUUCCGGCUUUCCAAAAGAGAUAUGGAAACCUCGUCGAUGGCUCCUACGAAAUUCCUGCUCCAUGGCAGACUGCUCUGGGUAUGGGCAACCCGAUCGGCCAGGUCCUGGGCGCGCUUGCCAGCGGCUAUCCCAUGGAACGAUUUGGACGGAGAUGGACGUUGGCUGUGUGCUGCGUAUGGUCCAUCGGCUUUGUGUUUGUGCAGUUUUUCGCCACAUCUCUUCCGAUGCUCUGCGCAGGCGAGAUCCUGGGUGGCCUGGCUUACGGAUUCUACGUGGUUAUUGCCCCAACAUACGCAUCCGAGAUCUGUCCCCUGGCUCUCCGAGGUCUGCUCACGGCCUUCAUAAACUUGGCUUUUGUUAUCGGACAGUUCAUAGCCCAGGGAGUCGCUGCCGGCCUCGAGGGUCGAGAGGAUCAAUGGGCAUAUAAAGCGCCGUUUGCGCUGCAAUGGCUCUGGCCCUUGAUCAUUCUCGUGGGUUUGCCAUUUGCACCGGAAAGCCCAUACUGGCUUGUCCGGCAGGGGCGAAGAGAGGAUGCCCGCAGCGCCCUUGCAAAUUUAUCGUCCUCGAAGAACGCACCAGAUAUUGACCAGGUACUGCUUGGUGUUGAGCAGACCGACCGGUUGGAGCAAGAGUUUGAAGCGACAACCAAUUACCGGGAUCUGUUCAAGGGUGUCAACCGUGUACGAACGGAGAUCACAAUCAUGGUAUAUCUGAUCCAGGUUAUAGCCGGAAAUCCGCUCAUCGGCUACGCAAACUACUUUUUUGAACAGGCCGGCCUAAAUCCUUCAGACGCAUUCGAUAUGGGUGUUGGUAACACUGCGCUGGGAUUCGUCGGUACCAUCACAUCUUGGUUCCUGCUCAACUAUUUUAAACUCGGUCGUCGAACAAUAUACACCACCGGCAUGUGGGUUAUGACAUUGCUCCUGUUCAUUAUUGGCUUUCUCAGCAUCCCGACGCACAAUACCGGUGCAAUCUGGGCAAUGGCCAGCUGCAUGGAUAUAUGGACAUUCAUCUAUCAGAUGACAGUUGGACCUAUCUGCUUUGUUAUCAUUUCCGAGAUAUCAUCUACUCGACUGCGAACAAAGUCCAUCGCUGUUUCCACUGCGAUUCAGUCAUUCUUCAACAUCAUUACCACGAUUGCCAUGCCCUAUAUGCUGAAUUCCGAUCAGGCCAACUGGGGAGGCAAAGCAGGCUUUUUGUUUGGAGGAAUCAGCUUCUUCUGCGCCAUCUGGUGUCACUUCAGACUCCCCGAAAGUCAGGGAAGAACGUUUGAGGAGUUGGAUAUCCUCUUUCAAAGAAAGGUUCCGCUGAGAGAUUUCAAGACGUAUGAUCUCCUGGUAGAAACUGGCUUGGAGAAAGCUACAUUGGCAUAA